GCAGUUAAAGUACCAGGAAAUUCAAGAUGGCGAAGGAUCAGAGAGCCGGCGAAAUUGCUCUCCAACCUACUGCGCCUUUUCUUUAUCCAACAAAGAUGAUUUACGUUUUAAGCGGGUCUCAGAUGAAAAGCCUCAGCUACUUAUAUUUGAUCAUGGCUUGUAUGAGCUUGUUGGGUUCAGCUUCAAUUGUAAUAACAUCCAUAGUUAAAAGAAAAAUGUCAAAUAGAGAGGUCCACCCUAUCUUCCAUCUUUCCUUGGCAGACUUGUUGGGCUCUUUGUUUCUUUUCAUUGGAUCAAUCGCUUAUCACACACUUGAGGAGACAGCCAUAAGGAAUAAAUCAUGCCCAUACUUGACUGGGUUUGCAACUGCUUUCUAUAUGGCUACAUUUUUUCUGACAUUAAACUAUGCUAGAACAGUAUACCAAAAAAUUACAGUUCGUGCGAAAGGUGACUCGGUCAGGAGACCAAUCCGACCAUCAGUUGAUCGUUCAAAGAAAGUAGGUCUCAAGAAAUGCAACACGCAAUUUGUUUAUUAUGGUUUAGCAUGGUCUCUUCCGUUGUUGGUGACUAUAAUCCUUUUUUCUGUUGAUCACACCUCGUUUGGACCUAAUGAUAACAUUUGCUCCAGCUGCCUGCCACUGUUUCAUUUCAAAAAUUCAAACUGUCAAAUGAUAAAAGAUGCAAGUUAUAAGGAUGAGCCUGACUGGUAUGGAAUCUACAAGUACACCUUCCUGGGCUUCCUCGUCCUGUCGAUUAUCGGGACGGUGGCGUAUAACAUGAUGGCCUACAGAGCUUUCAGAUCUAUACAGAUUUAUGGUGGCAUCAUUUCAAAAAGGCAACGCGGCAUGCUUACAUCAGUAAAAAGAAGACUGGCCCUUUUCUGUGGGACGUUUCUGAUUUGUUGGACACCCAGCCUAGUGCUUGGUAUUAUCUCUAUGUCCUCAUCAUUUCAAAUGAAAAGUCUAUAUUGGUUGUAUAUAAUUCAGGCUUGUACAUGUCCACUCCAAGGCUUUAUAAAUGCCUUUAUUUACGGAUGGUACCGACCUGGCUUCAAACAGGCAAUUAACGAAAGGUCUCCCUUGGUCGUACAACCGGCCAGUUCUUUUCAAAGUGAUGUUUGACAAACUAGGAAAUCAUUUUGUUGUAUAAUAGGAUGCAAGCUUUACAUUACCCUGAGAAUCUAAUAUUUGCUCUCUGGAUGAAAUUACUAUUUUUAUUCAUAUUUGUGCAAAUAGGUUUAGAAACAUUUCUCCCUGUUGAGACUAACUUGAAAAUGAGCUAGGCUCAAAGGGUUGACCUCUAUUCGUAUCAAAUAUGUGCCCCCGUUUGUUCCAAUAUCUUUGAAAACUUUCUCUAAAACUUAUUAUCUGUACAUAGACUUAUAAUCAAUAUAAGAUCAAAAGAGCCAAAAUCUUUUCACAAUUCUUUUCAUAUUGCGAUCUUUGUAUGUAAUUUUUGUUCAAGAAAUUGAAGCAUUAAUUUGGAUUUAAUGCUGAUGAUAACCAAUUCUUAAAAAACCAAGAUACGCGUAAAUACAAAAUCUUAGUGAUUUUUCCGGUAACAGUAACAAAAGCAGGGUAAUAUAGAGCUUUCAUGGUAUCGAUUCUUGUUGAUAUAAAUGGUACAGAGGAAACUGUACAAUAAUCAUCAUGUCAUUUUUAAAGUUUUACUUCGAUGUAUUUUUACUGACAUAUCUGGAAUGAUAAAAAUCCCAGAGAAGAGAAAAUUUUGUGAAUUUGUUUAAUUUUCUAUAUUGUUUAGAUUUUCAUUUAUUGGAAUAUUGUUACAUUGGAAAGAUAUUUUUAUUUAUACUUAAAAAGAAUUUAUUUUAUGUAUGUAGUUAUUUUUGUGUAUUAUGUUUUGAUUUUUGAAUAGAAUCGUAGGACCCAUUGAUGUGUUGUUGAUCAAUAUAAAAAUGAAAUUUCUGUCUUCAUAAAUUGCAUCUGACUUUUCUGGCUUCAAAGUUCACUAUUAAGGUCAACUUUUUAGUUUAAACUUUAUUCAAAAUAUGUUUGUUCACCGUUGAUAAUUAGCUCCAACAAAAUGAUGAAUAUGGACUUGUAUGUAGAUUAAUUUACUAAUUAUUUUAAUGUUUGGCAGAUAGUUCUACACAAGCAAAGAAACUGGUGCUACGAGAAAUAUAUACAAUUUACUUACCACAGCAAGGAGUAGACCUUUCUUUCUUGCUGUUGUUUUGUCCAACGCACCUUCUCUGAAUAGGUUGAGCGACCUAAAAAUUAACGAUAAGCAGUUUGUUGUGAUUGGGUGAAAAUUAAUAACAUAUUAAUGUUGAGUGUUGUGGGCUUUUUAGACAUUUACUGGAUAAAUUUCCCAGUUCAGCUGAGAAUAAUUACACUUUCCAAAUAUGUACUUUAUUUUUCUCCCUAUUUUCUGAUAACUGCCCCCUCUCAUACUGUUUGUGAUUUGUUUUGUUUUCUACAUCCAAAAGGGGUUCAUUCGAGGAGCAACAAAAAAUCAGGGGGCGUUUACAUAAAGUUAUUUGGUAUAUGCAUUAAAGGGGUUGAAAAAUAUCAACACCGCCUACCAGGAACUGUUUUUUCAACAGCAAUAGGUUUAUCCCCUUAUAUCUUCAUUUUCAAGCAAACUGACCAGCCUCAAUUUUACUUUGGUAAUGCUUUUGGUACCCUGAAUACCAGAGCCACAUAAAUUUGAGAGCGGAAAAAGAAGAUGCGUUCAAAAUUCUGUGGCUCUGGUUCCCAUGGUAUGCUAUUGGCUGCUUCUAUUAAAACCCCCACCUUCAUGUCAGCCCCCGCCCUAGUAUAUUUCCUGCAAAAUAAGCCCCGGAAGCUUAUUCGAGGACUUACGCUAACCAUAAUCUGCCUACAGGUGUAUAAGUUAUAAUGCUGCUGUGAGAGAUUUUAAAGUGAUCCUACUAGGGCUCUUUUAAAGUGCUCUUUGUUUUGAAAUUUUUGGGCUACCCUUCCUGUUAAAGCCUGGUUUCCAUAUAGUCGCUGAAGUCGCUGGAGUCGCCAGGAUCGCUCAAAAACGGGUUCAGUGACCCCAGCGACUUUAUGGAAACAAUCUAACUUAUUUUGCUGGCGACCCUCGACGACCCUGGCGACCCAGUCGCUGGGAUCGUUGAAGUUCUAUCUCAGCGGCCCUCAGCGACCCAUGGUUGAGUGCACUCAAAAAAAUAUUUUAAUGGAAACAUGGCAGCGACCGUCAGCGACUGCUAAAAAGCACAGCGCAUGCCCAGUAGUAGACUUCCUUUGCUUCAAAAUAGCAGCUUAUGAAGGGGCAGACAACGCACGGUUCAUUGAGGUAGUGCAAAAAUACGAGUGUGUAUACAAUAAAUUCCAUCCAAAAAAUAAAAAUUAAUUUGUUAAACUCAACUGCUGGGUGAAGAUCGGUGAAAAAUUUGCAUGUAAAUAAUCAAAUAAAGAAAUAAAUAAUGUUGAUAGCAAGAUCUUUUAAACUGCCAAUUUCACCUGAAAAAGUAUUAUCUGUCAUUUAAUCGAAGUUCCUUGAUCAGUGUGUGGAAUGCUCCAGGCUGGGACCUUUUUUGAAAAUUUCUUUUACCCAGAAUCGAUGUCUUCUUUUCUGCCUCCUGUUUAAAACGCGUCUCAACAAGGAUAGGAC